UUGACUCUGAAUUGUGGUGGAGUAGAAGUAUAAAGUUGCAUUACAUGGAAAUACUCAGGUAAAGUACCUCAAAUGUGUACUUAAGUACAGUACUUGAAUAAUGUACUUAGUUACAUUUUAAGCCAUAUGAAGGCAGUAGUGGAGUGAUGAAGUGCAGUAACCUGACCUCAUUGGGAAUAAAGUGGAAGUUAACAUCAAAUACAUUUCACAGUCUGUUUAGAAAGGGAUUCUCUUUGUGAAAGCUUAACAGUGCAGCACUACUGUUUGCACUGCUGUUUUGCACUUCUCAGUAAUGUGUAAGGUGUAAUGCAGAAAAUUUGUAAUGCACAACUGUUUUUGUCAUAGAAUCUGUUCAAUUUAAAAUCCUUUUAUCUUUUGUAUUGAUGGGCGCUGCGGUAGCUCACGUGGUAGAGGCUGAGUCCGGCCCGGGCCCUUUGCUGCAUGUCAUCCCCUCUCUCUCCCCCCUGCCUUUCCUGUCUCUCUCUGCUGCAACUAUCAAAUAAAGCAGAAACGCCUCCCAAAAAAAAAGUAUGAUCUUUUUGUAUUGAUCAGUCCUGUGUCUGAAACGCUUUAUUCAUGUAACCAAGUCAGUCACCAACAUACUGCAUUUAAAGUUAGGGUCAGGGUUUAUCAUAAUACUGGAUUAUUGUGAUACUUUAUCACAAGCGAAAUACAGUACAACUUUGAUAAGAAUAAAAGAUUCCAAGAUAACGUGUUCUCUCAGUUGAUUUCAGCUUCUCUAAAUCUCAGUAUCAUUAAUGCACACAUUUUAAUUUUUACCAUAUACAAAUCACAUUCAAAUCCACCAACUAGAUGUGGACAAAGUAUAAACAAUACAAAGAAAUCCAAAAAGUACCAAUUCUUGUGUUUUAAAAGUCUUCUGACUGAGAAAUGUUUGUGCUUAAACUCCUCACAUGUAGCCUAGUUACUUGAAUUUACAGUAGCUACAUUUGUGAUAUGCUACUUUCAGUGGAGUGCAAAUGUAUUAAAAAGCCAAGUUUCACACUUUUCCUGUAACGAUACAUUUUCUGUUGAGUUACACCAUCCUAACCUAAAUAAUAUCUUGUCAUCCUCAACACCUCGUUUGGCAUGUUUGACAGACAUCAGUAGAAGGGCAAAGGUCAUCGAUUGUGCCUCUGCAGUCAGCAAAUGUUCACAGAGUCAUAGGUUAAAUCCAUACAUAUAAAAGAGUAUAAAGAAUGUAUAAUCUAUAGUGUUUAAUUUCAAUGGUUAAAUCUCAACAAAAAAUCUAUAUUUUUGAUCAGAUCAGAUUUUUGAUCAGAUGAUGAUCAGUUUAAAUUCAGGGCCGACCGGGUGAACGAGCUUGUUCUUUCCCCGCCCAUAGGGAUGACACAUACCGGAAGUUUUCUUUGAGGAAGAAUCAGAUUAAUUCUACCCGGCGUAUACCGAAACUCGCCAGGGCAGGCAGAGUCAGCAGCAAAACUGACGUUCUUCAGCUACCAGCUAAGCGUGUACGUACUUUUUGCUGCGUUAUUUUAGCCGCUAGCUCCGCCUACGCCUCUUCCGUCCACCUCGAGUGUCCCCGGAUUAAAUAACGAGCGCAGCCUUGAUCAACUGACAGGAAUAGGAACGUCUUUUUGGGGAAAUAGUGUGACCCACAGAUUGUGUAUGGCGAGGUAAACACGAAUUUUAGAGGAGUCGGUGGUCAUUUGUUAAAUUUAGAGUUAUAUGUAAGUGUAUGCUAAUGUACUUAGCAUAACGUCGAACCUCAGUUCCGCGAUAUCGGAUAUAAAUAACUGGCCACAUACGUGUAUCUUCGCUAAAACGCCGAGAUUGAGUAUAUUUGGCUGUAGCCGUCUGCUUGUAAAAACGUCGCUAGCCUGGGUCUGUCCCAGGCAUGAAGAGGAAAGCUAAAGCUAUGGGUGCAACUCACAGCUCUGCUUCAGUCUCCAAACGGAGUGUGCCCUCGGUGUCACAGGAAGACUUGUUCCCUGUUCCUCUGGAGAUCCUGGAGGAGAUCUUCUUGAAUCUUCCUGCUGAUCAGGUGGUUUGUAUUUGUCGGUUAGUGUGCCAUCAAUGGAAAGAAGUGGCUGACAGUGAGUCUCUGUGGAGAGAGAGAUGUAGAAGAGAAGGAUAUCGCCUCUGUGAUGCUUCCAAAAUACCCAAAGACUGGAGGUUGUUUUACUUCUUGUGCAAGAAGAGAAGAAAUCUUCUCAAGAAUCCAAGAGGAGAACAUAAGAUGAAGAAUUGGCAGAUAUUGGAGAAUGGUGGUGAUGGAUGGAAAGUAGAGGGAGUUAUGGUGCCACAUCCAAAUGAGAAAGUCCAGAAAAACUUUGUGACCUCUUAUGGAAUGUGCAAGAAGUCGCAGCUGAUUCAUUUGGAGAUGGAAGGUUACAACCCAUUGUUUAUGGAUGACUUCCAGCCAGACAUCAAAAUAUCUGAUUGGUACGCGCCACGUUGGGAUUGUGGCAGUGAAUAUGAGAUCCGUGUAGAGUUGCUGAAUCAACAAAAGAAAUCCAUCCAGACAUUUGCCCCUGAGACUGUUUACUUUGAGCAGUGGAAUGAUCAGAAAUGGAAUCAGAUGACCCAUGUAUUCCAGAACUACGGACCUGGGGUGAGAUACAUCCGUUUUACCCACGGAGGCAAGGACACACAGUUCUGGGCAGAAUGGUAUGGAAUUCGUGUUACUGACAGCUGUGUUGAGAUAUGUCCAGCAAUCGUCUCAUAGCUCUUUGUGAUUCUUCUAAUGCCUGCUUCCUGCCUUUGCCUGAAAUUGCAAAAUUGCACCGAGUCUUACUUGCCUUAUAUAAUCUGCAAUCAUUUUACAUGUCAAAGGAACUUUGGGUAAAAAGCUAUGAAUAUUGUAUGUGCAUCAGUUUUGUUGUGAAAUGUAAAUUUCAAAACACUCCUUAUGUCGCACCUUGAGAAGACACACAUGUAGAUUUGUAGAAGCAUAGCAUGCUUUGCUGCUAUAAGGGUCAUGAGUUAUAUAGUACUGUACUGUAGUGUAGCAGCACUGAAAGGUGUAACGUGUAGUCCUAACACAAGUGGAAUUGAAACAAAAGAAUUCUAUUCUGAAUUAUGCAAAUCUUAAGUGAGCAUUUGAAGUAGUUAACAGAAAUAUAAUUUAUUUUACUUAAAUUUAAUAUUAUUAUUACCUUUCACUGCAUCUGGAUGAUCAUUUUGAAAGUGAGGUUCAUGGGUAAUUAUCCACAUAGAGCCUCAUACACAUCUCUUUGCAGUGAGGUAAGUUGUUUCAGAACCAAAGAGCCAUUAUAAUCCCUGAGAACACAAUGCAGUUUGUCACUUUGAAAACAGCCAUAUCUAGUUUCAAUUCAACAUUCCUUAUUUUUAAUAAAAAACGUAUACUCAAGCAUAAAUUGUUUUUGUAUGCCAACUGGUCAUGGAAAUUGUUAGGACAAGAUGCCAUACACAGUAUCAUCUCAGCUUUGCAGAAUUGGCUCUUUGAAUGUAUUGUCUGGCUCUGAUGUUUGUGUUUCUCAGUCAUCUUCAUUAUUGGUAAUAACACAUGAAGUUAUAUGAAGGCGUCAGUGGGUGUGGUGAUGUCAUUAUCUCUGACAUCUGCAAUAAAGCCAGAAUAAAUGCCACUGGAUGAUCUCUCAGAUCACAAGGGAAUCUGUCUAUAAAUGCUAUUUUAUCACUACUGCACUACUGUUUGACAAACCAACCUUGAAAUAUUCUUUGCACUGCUCUGUAAUGUGUCUAAGUUGUAAUGCUGAAGAAGUGCAAUGAAAAACUUUUUUUGCUGUAUAAUCUGUUUUAUUUAAAUUACUUUUGUAUUUCUAGCCAAUAUGUAAUUUGUGGAAAAUGUAUACAGGCUCAUAAACUUUAUUUAUGUAAUCAAGUCAGACAACAACAUAUGGUAUUUGAAGGUUUAUUCGUAAUACUGGUUUAUUGUGAACGUCAAAUUGAAUAAAAAUCAACGAGUCCAAGAAACUCGUUCUCUUUA